UACAGGUAUUUUAUUCUCACGAUAGAAUAAAAAAGGUAGUUUUAAUACUUAAACGCAGGUAUUUCAUUUAGACGGACGGUACUGUACGGUAGAGGUGUGUCAAAAGAUAUUUUUGCGGUUUUUAGGAGCACACGACUUUGUAACUAUAGAUAUCAGGGAUUGUACAGCUUUAAGAUUAAUUAACUUUAUAAAUAGGAGUUACAUUUCACUCUUUUCUGAUUAAAGAUAUAGAGUCUAUGUGUUUAACAUUGGAAAGGAGAAUAGAUAGGGGAAUUUGACAGUGACAUAAAUAAAUCUUACGCCGAGACGAUUGUGAAAUUCAUUUCAUCAGACGUGAAUGUGGGAUAUAGAUAUGAAUAGACUUUCAUAAAGCAGACUUAAAGCGUGGAUAUAUUAUUCAAAUAAAGAAAGAAAACAUUCAGUAGCAGAACUUUAGUUUAGACGGAAAUAUGGGUCAAACAACAGGAGAAUCUGAGAUAAAAGCUAAGCUCGUCGUGGUCGGGGAUUGCGGGUGUGGAAAAACCACUAUGAUUAAAAGAUAUAUCAGCAAUUCUUAUACUGAUACUUACACAGCAACUGGGUUCGAUACCUAUCACAGCACAUAUCAAGUUUCAUCAACAUAUAAAAUACAGAUGUCAAUAUGGGACACUUCCGGUGACCCGGGAUAUGAUAGGGUGCGGCCGGUAUCUUAUACAGACGCUGACCUAGUUCUUGCCUGCUUUUCAAUAGGAAACCCGGAAUCCCUUCACAACAUUGCAACAAAGUGGUUACCGGAAAUACGGAAGAACUGUCCAACACAGCCAAUUAUCGUUGUAGGUUGCGGGACUGACAUGCGGACCGAUGAAAAUGUGCUGGCCAAACUUGCAAAAGAUAAACAAACUCCAAUUACAUAUGAACAGGGUUUGAAAACGGCAAAAGAUAUCGAAGCAUUGGUGUAUUCCGAGGUGUCAGCUAAAACCUCUGAGAGAAGUGUAAAAGACGUUAUUGAAGUUGCUGCACUAUCAUCAGUUGGCACAAAAAAUAGUGAAACCCAAUUUAAAAGACAAAAAUCGUUUAUAAAGAGAAAGAGGUUCAGCGGCAUGGGCGAGGCAAAGACCACUUUACGGAAAGAAGCAACGAAAAGCUGUGUAAUUAUGUGAACAAUUAACCUACACAUUAACUUUCCGGGUAUUUUACGCCAGUUGGUAUAAUGGAUACAUUGCCAAACCGAGAAGGAGUAGCAUUAGAACUGAACAUUGUGAGAAUUUCACGUGCUCUAACCGGACGUUGUGGAAAGUGGUGGAGAAACUUUAAAAAUGAACAAGGAAAAAUAUAUAUAGAAGGGUGCGACAGGGACAAGUGUUAAAAUGUGUGUGUAUAGACGAGUUAUUUAAUAGUAUAAAUGUGUGCGUGCAUGUGUGAAAUCGAAACAGACAUACCUGGGUAUUAAAAUUACGCCAGGCAUGAAAUUUUAUAGUUGUUAUAAUAAGAUUAAUUUAGAAAACGUGUAAUAGGAACUCUAGUACGAGACGAAAAUGGUUUAAUAGCCGCCUGUUACAUACAGGUAAUAGUUUAAUGACCGUUGAUCUGUAGGUCGCCUAAUCCUUCGGAGAUGUAAACCUUACAUAUCCGGGGAUUGAACAGACAUGGGGUAUUUGCUUUAAGUUUAAUAGCAUGUUUAAACAUUUAAAACAGAUGAUAUACUUAAAGACAACAAUCCCCGUUAUUGUAUACUUUAGUCUAGGUGUUUGCUCUGUGAAUUAACAUUUUUCAGUCUCACGUUAUCUAACUUUACUUGGCAAUUAAAUGCUCAAAAAGACCGGAAGCUACUAGAUUACAAAUGUUUAUUUGUUUUUGUCAUUUUUCUAAAGCUGGGGUUAGUUAUAAGACAGUUGCUUUUAAUCUAAUUCAAAUUAUCCAUUCACAAGAGAUGCAAAUAUCUUAUUCAAACAUAAACCGGAAUACUAGGAUAUUGGAGUAAACAGGUCUAUUGAAAGUAUUCACUUGUCACACAGCACAAAAAGUUCACCAAUAUUUGAAACACCCACAUCUUUUUUGAUGCCUCGCUUAUUUUAAAGUUUCAAAUCGAGAAUGAAAUGCAUUUUAUAAACUGUGAAUGAAAUUCGCCUGCCGUGUUUACUUUAAGGUCGAAUUCUAUUUUUUUACAAUUGGGCAAAUGUUUGCAUGAUUAAGAUGUUUAAAUAUGGCAACUGGUUCAAUAAAACGGAACAGGUGAGAAAGACCCAUGCUAAGAAAUUUUAUCAAAGGCAAUUUUUCAAACGGAAACCAUUUUAUACUUUUAGAUUUGACGCUGUUGCCAGGCAUUUUUGUCUCGAUACUUUUUUGUACAAUAUGUUCAAUAAUAUAAAAGAUUACUGUUGACCUGUUUUUUUUGUAAAAGGUUGAUGUCACAUGGGUUUUUAAUAUGAGUCACGAUAUUUUCGUAGUUAUGUAUAAUUUUAGGACGAUAUUCUCGUGGACUUAAAAUUAUGUAGCACGAUAUUUUCGUGGUUUUAUAAUUUUUGCACGAUAUUCUCGUGUACUUAUUUUAUGUAGCACGAUAUUUUCGUGAUUGUUUUUUUUAAUUAUAGCACGAUAUUUUCGUGGACUUGAAUUAUAUAGCACGAUAAUUUCGUAGUUUAAUAUAUUUAGCACGAUAUUUUCGUGGUUUUAUAUAUUUAGCUCGAUAUUUUCGUGGGUAGUUUAUUAUUAGAGGUGUAAAAAAAUAAUACCCGGGUGCUGGAGCGUAGAUCGCUUUUUCAAGUAAUGAUGUGCAAUAAAUCAAAUCUUGCUAUCCUCAUGUAUUAUUUAUGUCAUUAUUUAUGUCAUUAUCAUUAUGUCCAUAAUGUAAAUAUGAACUCACUUGUUUUUAUAAAGCCUUGAAGUAUUAUAUGUUAUUUAUAAGUUAAGGUUGUGUACCAAUCGUGAUGCCAAUUAUAAAUUCAUAUUUAUUUGCAUUAUGGUUUGGGGGAGUUGGGUUAACACGAUGGAUAAUUCAUCAAUAAAUGUCCAUGAUUAAUAUCAGUAAUAAAUGUCAAAGAAAUAUGUCUUUAUAUAAUGCAUGUGCUGGUAUGUUAAGAGUACUAAUUAGUGUAUAUUAGUACCAUAAAACAUAACAAAAGAAUACGUUGUCUAAAAAUAGUAACAUCAAAAUGAUUAACUGGACACAUUCCUGAAUUUUUGAAUUCAUUCUUUUAGAUUACAACAUGUAUAUCUUUUAAUGAAAAUUUUAAUUCGUCAUUUUUAUGUUAUUGUCAAAAUCGAUUGAAAUGCAAUUUUGAAUGAAGAGAAAAAUGUUAUAUAUAUAAUUCGCAAGAUUUUACUUUGGUAUAUGUGCACACGGUUUGUACAUGUAUCAAAGGAUGCUUUUUUUUGUUUUGUGUUUUAUAGACAUGUAGCAAGUUGUUAAAAUUAUUUCUCUUUACGUGUGUUUUUUAUUUGCUUAGUUCUGUGUUCUCCGGAAAAAAAUAUUUGAAAAUGUAAUAAAAAUGUGAAAAUAUAAAGAAAACUGUGAUAAAAAUAAAAGAUGAAAAUUUGAAAA